AUGGUCGCAGGUCUAGAGUCCAAUCCAGAGAUUCUUCUUCGCAAGCGGAGAAAUGCGGAUAGAACCCGUCUGGAGAAACAAGAGUUGGCCCAGCGUCGUAAGCAACAGCAGGGGAAACAAAAACGGGCGCGUAAAAACAAGUUUGAACGAGCAGAAACCAUUGUGGCGACCACCUUGGCGACUGAUCGUGAAAAGGAACGCAUCAAAAGAGUAUCGAAGCUAGAAGCCCAACGUGCCAAGGGCGAAACGCAUCAUUUGGCCUCGAGCCGGGACUUCAUCCUCAAAAUCCGCGACCGCAGUGAUGGUGACCAAGGAGCUGAGAGCGACGAAAACGAGGACGAUGAGGACGCUGCCUCGUUGCACACCGAGAAAUGCAUAUAUGACGGCAAGCCCACGCUACUGUUCGUGCUACGUAUUCGUGGUCCUGUAGCUGCCAAGAUCCCACAGAAGGCUCACAAGGUACUGUCGCUGCUAAGACUCUCGGAAGUCAACACUGGUGUCUUCGUGCGUCUUUCGACCCAGGUUUACCCGCUCCUGAAGCUGGUAGCGCCCUACGUGGUCAUCGGAGAGCCUUCAUUGGCCUCCGUUCGCUCAUUGAUCCACAAGAGAAGCCGGGUGCUCCUGAAACCGUCUGAGGGCGGGGAAUCUAGAGAGGUCAUUCUCAACGACAACAACGUCGUCGAGGAGGCCCUUGGAUCUGAGGGCAUCAUUUGCGUUGAGGACAUCAUCCACGAAAUCGCCACAUUGGGCGAGGGUUUUGUUAAGUGUAACUUCUUCCUUCUUCCCUUCCGUCUCAGCAGGGAGGUCUCUGGUUUCAGUGCCAUCAGCAAACUACACAAGCUCAGACAGAGAGAAUGGCAAAAACGGGCCCUAAAGAUGUCCAACGCUUCCACAGCUCCAGUGGUUCAAGUGGACAUUGACAAUUUGAUUUCCAAGCUCAACUAG